AACCUUCCAUUUAUUAUUGGAGCUGCCAUUAUCUCUCUGUAUGUGGAUCCCGGGGAACCUGCUCACCAUGAGAUCGGCUGUGGGGCUCCUGUGUGUUCUGUCAGCUCUUCUGCCAACAGGUCACUCUCUCACAUGUGUAUCUUGUGCUGCGUUUGGUUCAAUGUCCUGCAGAGGGAACAGUACGGAGUGCCCCCCGGGAAAAGUUUGUGGUUCUUUAUUCAUAAGGCUCACAGCGGAACAAAUGGGCGUCCUGCGAUCCUGCGCUCAGGAAAGUUACUGCGACAAAAGUGGGACGUUUUCUGUUGAAGAAAGUAAAGGAAAAGAGACAGUUACUUGCUGCGACACCGACAACUGCACCCCCCCUGCACCCAUGUGGAGCGAUACCAGAGAUACCCGGCCCAAUGGGUUGAAUUGCCCAAGCUGUUAUUCCUUCUCCGAUGGCUGUUCUGAUCCAGAUCAGGUGUCCUGUUCCGGCAAUGAGAACUAUUGUUUGUCUCAGUCCAUUCAAUUGUCAGGACGUGGCCCAGGAUUUAGCUCCUUCACACUGUACGGCUGUGCCACGGAAAACCUCUGCCAAGUUGGCAAUAACUCUCUGAACUCGGAUGUGAAAAUACACAGUACAGUGCAGUGCGCCAAGGCAAAUGGGGGGGACGCCACGACCCCAGGGCUCACUACCGCCACUGCCGUCGCCACGGCUACAAUGAGCAGCGGGAAUAACGGAAGCAACGCCGGACACUCAGGCACCUCCAGUCUCCGUUGUUUGUUUGUAUGUCUAGCGGCUGUUUUACUGUCAGCAAUAAACCUCCUAUCGUAAACUGA